CAAUGGCUGAUUAACUUAAACAAAGACCAGAAGGUGGAAAAUUCUAUGGAUUUGAUCACAUUCAUUUUUGGGUUGGAAAUGCUUUCCAAGCAGCCUCAUUUUAUGUGUCACGCUUCGGAUUUCAAUAUUAUGCUUAUAGGUAUUUUGAUAGGUCUAAUUGUAUAGAGGACUUGAAACAGGAAUAAGAGAUGUGGUUACACAUGUUCUAAGAAAUGGUGAAGGAGUAUUCUUUGCAUUCUCAAGUCCUUAUGGUCCAGAGAAUGUAUUAAUGAACACUCAUCAAUCUAAACAUGGUGACGGUGUUAGAGAUGUUGCUUUUAGAGUUGAAGAUGCCAGAGCUCUUUAUGAUAAAGCAAUUGCUAAAGGAGCAAAAUCAAUUAGACCACCAACAGAGGAUAAAGAUGAACAUGGAAGUGUUGUUUUGGCUUCCAUCUAAACCUAUGGUGAUACUAUUCACACUUUUGUCCAAAGAAAUGAUUACAAGGGUUUCUUUUUACCUGGAUUUACUAAACAUCCAAAGGUUGAUCCUAUUAAUACAAUUCUACCCCCAGUUGAAUUUUUAGUAGUAGAUCAUGUUGUUGGUAAUCAACCUGAACAUGAAAUGGUUCCUGUUGCUGAAUGGUAUGAAAAAACAUUGGAUUUCCACAGAUUUUGGUCAGUUGAUGAUUCUAUUCUUCAUACUGAUUAUUCAUCACUUUAAUCAAUUGUGGUUGCAGAUUUUGAUGAAGUUAUUAAGAUGCCAAUCAAUGAACCUGCUCAUGGCAAAAAAGUAUCUUAGAUUUAAGAAUAUGUUGACUAUUACAGUGGACCUGGAGUAAUUAUUUUUUUAAUAUUUAAGGUUUAACAUAUUGCAUUGAAAACAGAUAAUAUCUUAAAGGAAGUAGAAGCAAUGAGAGCUAGAGGACUUGAUUUCCUAUCUAUUCCUGAUACUUAUUAUGAUAAUUUAAGAAAGAACAUUCCUCAUAUGAAUUUCAAGAUUGCUGAAGAUAUUGAUAUAAUUUAAAAGAAUAAGAUCUUGGUUGAUUAUGAUGACAAAGGUAUUUUUAUUCUUUAUUUUUUUUAGGUUAUCUUUUAUAAAUAUUUACUAAACCUUUAGAAGAUAGACCAACCUUAUUUAUAGAAAUUAUCUAAAGAAGAAAUCAUUCAGGAUUUGGUGCUGGUAAUUUCAAAUCCCUCUUCUAAUCCAUUGAAUUAGAACAAGCCAUAAGAGGAAAUUUAACAGACAACCCUAAAUACAAAGUUCCAUAUUGAA